AUGAACCCACCCUCCAGCCCAGACGCUGGGCACGGACCAGCCCCUCCUCCUCAACACCAGGCCCUUAUCAGGAAAGCAAUUUGGGUUGGUGGGGAGGGGGAAGUCCGAGGCCUCAGGCUCGGCAAGGUGGGUAGGAGAGAUAGGGAAGUGGGGAGGGGGCCAGGGCACCCUGCUGGGAGGGCCUGAGGGUGGAAGGCACACCCAGAGCCAGCAUGAUGGGGGGCUUUCGCCAGGCACUGGCCCCUCGACAUGGUUCCAGGGCUGCUCCUGCCUCCGUACUUGCCAGGCAAGACGCCCGCAUCUUUAAUUAGCAAGCAGCAGCCUCCCGAUUCAUCACAGUCACUGUUUAAUUAG